GAGAAUGUGCUAUCCGACGUUAGAUCAGCUGCAGGUUCACUCAUCUCUCUCUUCUGUCUGACUAGCUUAAAGGAAAAGGAAGUGAAACAUUUUGCGCGGACGUUUCACCUCUACAGAUCUCGCGUGAUUUUGGCGAAUUUGUAUGAAGGGGAAAAAAAACACCACUUCAAGGUUAAAAAUGCAUUGUAACGCGCGUUACUGACAUUUGUACCGAGUAAAAUAUUACCAAAUUUUUUUCUGUAAUGCCUUACAUUACCGCAAAAAGCAAUGCAUUACAGUAAUUCGUUACUUUUGUAACGCGUUACUCCCAACACUGGUGAUAACGUAACGUCCACAAGGUCAUCGAGGUUCCUCAACCAGAAGUGAACACGCCACUCAGCGGACGUACUGGUGUGAGCGGAAAAACAGGACGUACUGUUGUGAGCGGAAAAACCCGCCCCUCAUGCUCAGCCAAUCAGCGCGCACUUCGGCGCCACCGCGUCAACACACGCACGCGCGCCGGCAGAAAGUGAAAGAGGAAGGAUGUCUGGGGAUUUGCCGCUGAACAUCAACAUUAAAGAGCCACAAUGGGACCAGAGUACAUUUAUGGGCAGAGCUCAGCAUUUCUUCACAGUGACCAACCCAAGAAAUGUGCUGCUCUCAAAUGAGGUUCUGGAGGAUGCACGAGUCAUUGUGGAGGAUUACAGAAAUGGAAUUGUGAAACCAGGCCUGACAGAGGAUCAACUAUGGAGGGCUAAAUACAUUUAUGACUCUGCCUUCCAUCCUGAUACUGGCGAGAAGAUGCUGCUAAUUGGUCGCAUGUCUGCACAGGUGCCAAUGAACAUGACCAUCACAGGCUGCAUGCUCACAUUCUAUAGGACAACUCCAGCAGUUGUCUUCUGGCAGUGGGUCAACCAGUCCUUCAAUGCCAUCGUCAACUACACAAAUCGCAGUGGAGAUGCACCAAUCACUGUAAAUCAGCUUGGAGCAGCCUAUGUCAGUGCCACAACUGGAGCUGUCAUCACUGCUCUUGGCCUCAAGUCCCUAACCAAGCACCUCCCAGCUAUUGUCGGACGGUUUAUUCCGUUUGCUGCAGUGGCUGCAGCAAACUGCAUUAACAUCCCCUUCAUGAGACAACGGGAACUGAAGUAUGGCAUUCCAGUCACUGACGAAGAGGGGAAUCGACUGGGAGACUCUACCAGUGCUGCUCAGCAGGCCAUUGUACAGGUGGUGGUGUCCCGAAUCGGCAUGGCAGUACCAGCCAUGGCUAUUCCCCCUGUUAUCAUGAAUGCCUUGGAGAAAAAAGCUUUCAUGAAGCGCUUCCCAGUGCUCAAUGCCCCAGUACAGGUUGGGCUUGUGGGAUUAUGCCUGGUGUUUGCUACUCCGUUGUGCUGCGCCCUGUUCCCACAGAAGAGCUCUAUGAAGGUGAGCAGUCUGGAGCCUGAGCUGCAGGAGAGGAUACAACAGAGCAGUCCUAACACGACCGUGGUUUAUUUCAACAAGGGCUUGUAGGGGACAUUUUCUUCAAGUCCAAACUGCUGUCUGUACUUUGCCAUAAUGGAGUUCAGUGAACACAACUUGAAGAGUUAAAUAUUCAGUUUCUUGUAAGUUUAUUUAAUUUUCUGUUUAAACAUGACCUGUGUUGUAACACCCAAACUUUCCCUCAAGAUAAUAUGCCAUCCUAACUGACAUCUAUUUAAAGCGGAUUAUACAAAUGAGGACGUUGGAGGAUUUUAUUACUGCUGCAUUCAUGAUCACAAACCCUUUUACUGUAUGUCCUAAUAUUUGAUUUGUGGAGUCUGAAAUUUUUUUUCAUGUGAAUUCUAUCGUUAUUUAUUUGCAAAAAUAUGUGUUUACUGGUUUAUUUAUACCUAAUUUUCUAUACCAAACAUCUGUCCACAGAUUAAUUAUCCAAUUACAAGAAACGGUCUAGAAUAAUCAACUUUGGGUUAUUUUUAACCAAUUUAAAAGGUUUUAUCUGCCCUGUUCCUGUGUGUUUUUAAUUGAAGUGCUCUUAUGACCUUCACAGCAGUGACCUAAUAGUCUCCCGUGGAUAGGAAAGUUAAGAUGAUGUAUACACACUCCUCUGUAAACACAACCAGCUCUAAACUUUUUGGUAAUUGUUUGGUGGCCAUACUAAGUCUGUACAUUUAUCUAAGCCUUUUGUGGUUUUUAACUAGUAUGAGCUGAAUGGUGCUUAUAUUUAUUUCAAAUGUUACAGUGUGUUUAUAGAUUUGAUUUGUGGGUGUAGUAGUGUCAAACCUGCUGAAGAACCUGGUAUUAGUGUAACGCUUAAAAUGUCUUUUUUUGACUACAGGUCUUUUGUGAAUACAAAUUUCCAAUUAACAGAAACAUGUAUCUGACAGCUAGAAAUGGAAUUAUUAAAAGGUACAUUUUUAUAUUUUAUGCGGUCACAAAACCCUGGCAGUGGCAUAGGGAAAUAAAUCUGUUUGGACUCCAGCAGAAAAGUGGACUGCUGGCAUAUCAGCAUGCAUCACUUUUUUUUUUUUUUCUCCCCAAUGAUCGAAUAUACUAUUCAUGAGUUUUAUAGAAAAUUAUGUUCAUUAUACCUUCAAAAUUAUAUAAAUGUACAUAUAUGUAAAACGUAUUUGUUUAGAAGUUUCAGAUAUAAUCAGUGUGUGCUUAUACAGUUCUGAAAUAAGCUAUGAAGGAUGCAACACAGUUGUCAUUGGAUGUACCAAAAAAUGUGAUUAUAACCCUGUUAUUAAGAUACCUGUUCUAUUUGGAGCAUAUAUGAUCAAACAUAAUCCAUAAAAGUAUUAUAGGGAGGAGAACAUUUUUUUGGGGGGGGGGAUUUUCAUGGAUGAAUUAAAUAUACUUUGCAGUGUUGUAUUCUGUCUUUCCAAUUGAACGGUUAAAAUGUUUUGGGAGGAAAACCCUGCUCUUAAUGUCUAGAGCAGCAGCAGACAUCCCUACUACUGUUACGGUUACCUAUUCAUGCUCACUACUCGGGAUGAUGUACCAAACACUGGCUUCUUUUAACUAAUUUUUCUUUUGGAUAUUAUGCCAAUAUUUUAAGUCACAAUGAAUUGUUUCAGGUAUAAAUCCCAAAUUAAACUUCAUGUUAAAUGCAGGUCAUACUGUAGGUUAGGAAUGGCACAAAAUGACACUACUCCAGCACUGUUUCAACACUUACAAGUAUGCUAAAAAGUGAGCACAUUCUGAAAGCAAUGUACUGUAAAUCAAUCACAGCAUGUAACUAACCUCUAACUAAUAAAGUUAUAGCACAAGUUUACAA